AUCGCUUGCACAGAGAGAUAAAGACAACAUCGGUACAAGGAAAAAGCGACGACAGCACACGGCAACUUUAUUCAGUGCUCUGUGUAGCAAGCAGCGAGACGAUUCAUUGAAGCGAUUCACACUGUAGUAGUAGUAGUAGUAGUGUGUGUUUAAAGGUUCUUGGUUUCACCUCUGAAGGACAUACGCUGACACUCUGAAGAUGCAGCUCAGCCUGGUUUUAACCAGUCUUCUCAGUUUGAUCGCAUGGAUUAAUUUGGGCCAUACAACGUUUGCUCAUGGACGGGUGUCAGACUGUUGUCUCCAGUGGUCCCGCACCAAACUUCAUCCCAAACAAAUUAAGGAUUACACCAUCCAGUCUGAAGGCGUCUGUCCCAUCAAGGCAGUAGUGUUUCUGACGGUUCGUGGAAAGAGAGUUUGCUCCAAUCCAGAGAUUAGCUGGGUAAAAGAUGCAAUUCUGAAGGUGGACGGGGCGAGAAUAUCUGGCAAAGCAACAACGGUUGGCAUGACACCAGCACCAUCCAUGACUUCAGAAAAUGAAGCAGCAUCAACAACUGACGUGACAACAACGCCGGCACCAACGACGACAUCAGAAAAUGAAGCAGCAACAACUAGUGACAUGACAACAAGGCCGGCAUCAUCGAUGACAUCAGAAAAUGAAGCAACAUCAACAACUGACAUGACAACAAGGCCAGCACCAUCGAAGACAUCAGAAAAUGAAGCAGCAUCAACAACUGACGUGACAACAACUCCGGCACCAACGACGACAUCAGAAAAUGAAGCAGCAACAACUAGUGACAUGACAACAAGGCCGGCAUCAUCGAUGACAUCAGAAAAUGAAGCAACAUCAACAACUGACAUGACAACAAGGCCAGCACCAUCGAAGACAUCAGAAAAUGAAGCAGCAUCAACAACUGACGUGACAACAACUCCGGCACCAUCAUCGACAUCAGAAAAUGAAGCAGCAUCAACAACCGACAUGACAACAACAACAGCACCAUCGACGACAUCAGAAAAUGAAGCAACAUCAACAACUGACAUGACAACAACAGCACCAUCGACGACAUCAGAAAAUGAAGCAGCAACAACUAGUGACAUGACAACAAGGCCAGCACCAUCGACAACAUCAGAAAAUGAAGCAGCAACAACAACCGAUAUGACAACAAGGCCAGCAUCAUCGACAACAUCAGCAAGUAGAAAAGCCCCUAAGAAAUACAGAUUGGGGAAAAGAUUGAGGAAAAUGAUCAGGAAAAUUAGGAGGAGAACGAUGAGAAAAAGGUGCCUGUGCAGAAUCAUGAAAGAAUUAAGAAAGUGUUAUACUUCUUCUUCUUCCUCGCCCUGCUGUACCUACAAACCUAUAAGAAAUGUGUAGAAAUAUAUAUAUAUAUAUAUAUACAACAAAACUUAUAUUUUGACCAUACUCUGUUGUUAUAAAUGUGCACACUGUAAAACCAAACUGCUUUAUUUGAAGGUUCCUGCUCUCAGUUGUAAAAACCUUUUUGUACUGCAAAUAUUUCUGUGUUUUUACUUUGUUGAUAAAGUAGUCUGACAUUUGA